AUGCAGUGGAAGUCUUUGCUGCUGCUCGCUGCGGCUGUCUCCGUCGAGGCUCGCCUUCACGGCCACGUCCGCCGCCAUGCUCACCACCAUGAGAAUUCCAACAUCGAAGCCAGGGAUGCCAGUGGCGGUGUUGCCACAGAGGUCCAGACCUCCACUGCCCUCGACGUGGACGUCGUCAUGGUCACCAAGACCGUCACUGACUAUCCCGCCGGUGGUGGUGCCCCAACCACAACCGUCCAGGUCGUGCCUGCUACCCAAACCACUGAUCACGCUAUCCCAACCACCACCUCCACCCACACUAGCUUCCACACCUCCACCUCCACUCGCUCUGAAGCUUCAGCUGCCACCAAAACCCACACCACCCACACCGCAGCUGCAACCAAGACCUCAACAGCCUCCGAUUCCUCCAACUGGACUGCCACCCCUGCCGGCGGUUCCUUCUCCACAGCCGGCUUCGGCAAACGUACCACCGCCUCCGGCACUGGUAACACAUACAAGGGUAAUGUCGGUAGCCCCUGGGGAAGCAACAUCAUCGAAGUCUCCAGUGCAAAGGCCCACAACUACAAGUAUGUCGUCAAGUUCACCGGCAGCAACAAGGACCCCUGGACCGUCGUCAUCUGGAACAAGAUCGGCCCCGAUGGAAAGAUGGACGGAUGGUACGGACACUCCGCCCUGAACCUUACCAUUGAAGCUGGCGAGUCCAAGUACGUUGCCUUCGAUGUGAACUCCCAGGGUGGAUGGGGUGCCGCUAAGGGUACCAAGCUGCCCACCGACAACUACGGCGGUUACUCCUGCACCUGGGGAGAGUUCGACUUUGGUGACAGCAAGAACAAGGCCUGGUCAGGAUGGGAUGUCUCGGCCAUUCAGGCCCAGGCCGCUAGCCAAGAUGUGCAAGGAAUGCGUAUCUGUGAAUCGUCCGGCUCGAGAUGUUCGUACAUCACAACCGGUGCUGAGAAGGUUGUGAAUGCAUACACGAAGGACAUGGCCGCGAUUGAUGGCAUCGGUGGUAAGGUCAACACUGACGCCGUGCGUUUGGCCGUGCAUGUCGACUUCAAUGAGUAG